GGAUGCGCAGUCGCCCGGCCGGAACCGGCAGCGCGGUUAUAAAAUAAAGGACCCCGAGCUCUGCGCGAGGGCGGUCUCUGCCGUUCCACCCACCUCGCCCUUCAGCCCUCAGCUCCAGCCCGCUGCUCACCGGCUUAGCGUUGCUCUCGCCAUGGCUCUCAGCGAUGCUGACGUGCAAAAGCAGAUUAAGCAUAUGAUGGCUUUCAUUGAACAAGAAGCCAAUGAGAAAGCAGAAGAAAUAGAUGCAAAGGCAGAGGAAGAGUUCAACAUAGAAAAAGGUCGGCUUGUGCAAACCCAAAGACUAAAGAUUAUGGAGUAUUAUGAGAAGAAAGAGAAACAGAUUGAGCAGCAGAAGAAAAUUAAGAUGUCCAAUUUGAUGAAUCAAGCAAGGCUCAAAGUCCUCAGAGCAAGAGAUGACCUUAUCACAGACCUACUAAAUGAAGCGAAACAGAGGCUCAGCAAGGUGGUAAAAGAUACAACCAGGUACCAAGUGCUGCUGGAUGGACUGGUUCUCCAGGGUUUGUACCAGUUGCUGGAGCCCCGAAUGAUUGUUCGAUGCAGGAAACAAGAUUUCCCUCUGGUAAAGGCUGCGGUGCAAAAGGCAAUCCCAAUGUACAAAAUUGCCACCAAAAAUGAUGUUGAUGUCCAAAUUGACCAGGAGUCCUACCUGCCUGAGGACAUAGCUGGUGGAGUUGAGAUCUAUAAUGGGGAUCGUAAAAUAAAGGUUUCCAACACCCUGGAAAGCCGGCUGGACCUCAUAGCCCAGCAGGUGAGUGUGGGGUACUUCUUGGGAGUUGGUCUGUUACUUCGAAGAAGGACAGAGAACACGUCUGUCCGCUGGUAUUUGGGGUUGCUGUCUUUCCACAUUUUUGGACAUUUUCUCAAAAAGAAUGAGAAUUGGGCAUGUAGUAGCAUUUGCUAGGGUGAUAACAUUUACAUGAAGGCAAAUUUGGGGUCAGAGUAAGGGUUUUAUUGACCUAGGGUUCAAAUGUGUACAUUUUACUACAUGUAGGGUGCUGACAAGUUCUUUCUCUAAUAUGAAUGAUGAGAACUAAAGCA